AUGAGUAUAAAACUUGGAGAUGCAUGUAACAAUUCUGACCAAUGUAAUAAAUCAACGCCAAAUAGCACAUGCUCCGAUGGAUACUGUGCUUGUAAUGAAGGAUUCUUCACUAUUAAAAAGCUGAACAUCUCAUUUUGCGAAUCAGAUUCAAUGGAUGCAACUGACGAAGAUUAUACAAGGAGCUCUACUCCUCCGAAGGUACAUCAUCAGAAAGUUGACCUGAAUAUGGUUAUUAUAAUGAUAGUAUUAUCAGUCAUGUUUAUAGGAAUCUGUGUAGCGCUACAUCUUUUUAGCAAAGCUCGUUUCCGUAACCAUCGCACUAUCUUCAACUCUCCCCAUCCACGUCUAAUGCAUAUAAAGCUUGGAAAGAAGAAGGGAAGACGAAGAGCCAGCCACACAAGUUUGGAAGUUCCUGGAUCAAGACAGCUCAGUAUUUGUUCUCAACUGUCACCAAUUCAAUCCCGAAGGGGAAGUCAAGCUACAAGCCCAGAUUUUAGCCAUAAAACCCGAAAGUCCAAUGGAGAUAAAAAGGAUACAUCUCAUGCUCAUAAGCAACCCAAAGUGGACUCUGAUAAAGGAGCUUCAAGAACAAGCGAUUCUCCAGCUAACAUAACCAAUGGACCUGGUUCACCUACAGUAAUCGUUGCCAACAGUAAAUCUGCUCCUCACACCUCAGCCUCAGCAAGAGUUUGA